AUGCCCCUCUUAAAGCAGGUCCAACUCUGGAUCUUUCUGCACAUCCCUCGCAUGGAGGACGGCAACAACUUCGGCGUGUCUGUUCAGCGAGAUUGUGUGGGAGAGAUCGACGGAAUGAUCGAUUUGCUUGAGUACAUGCUCGACAGCAUUACCACGUACUACAAACUGCGAGGAUCUGUUGCGGCAGAGGUAGUGGAGCAUUCAGAGCUGAAAGAUCGGAUCCAGGGACUGAACGAAAUUGAUGAGUUUAAUUUUUAUAUGCUAAAGUUGUUUUUCAAGUCGUUGAGGAAUUGCUAUGCGACGCUGUAUGAUUUGGUUCUGAAGAACUUCGAUAAACUGAAGAAUCCGCGCUCUACAACAGCAGUUCCUUUAUCCUUCUUUUACUGUUUUUGUUUUAAACACCAUUUUAAUUUUUUAUGGAAUGAAAUCCGCCCGGCACGAGCAUGUAUGAUUCUAUUGUACUAG